AUGACAAAAAAAAUAAAGACAAAGAAUCUGCCAAAAAUCGAAAUAGAGAUGCCGUACCCAGAUAUUUCACCGAUAAAUUUACUCGAUCGCGCUCUAAUGAAAACUCAAAAAACAGGAAAAACAGCUAGAGUUCCUAACGCGUUCAUUGCGUAUCGUACAGUAUUUUGUAGAGAACUUCAAAAAAUAGCGCAUCCAGUCAUUACACAGCCACAACUUUCGUUAAUUGCUAAAGAUUAUUGGUUAAAAGAACCAGAAAAUGUUCGUCGAGAAUACGAGAGGAUUGCUGCCGAAGCGAAGAAUUUAUACACACAAAUUUGUUUUGAUCAGAAAUUAAUUCAACAAAUAGAAGAAGAUCAAGACAAAAAGAAAGAAGGUUCUUAUUCGUUCUGGUCUAAGCAACAUAGUGAAUUUGCACAUGACCCGAAUUCUUGGCAAAUUUCACAACAAAAUACUUCAAAUUAUUCUCAAACAAACAAAGAGAUUGAGGUUUCCGAGAAUAAGCUAGAAGAGAAUUUUGUAUCUUUCCCAACCUAUGAUUUUAUUGAUAAUACGAUUUUUAAUCCUCAAAGCGAAAAUAAUCAAUUUUCAGACACUGCAUUCGAUUUUUUGCCCGUAUUUUCUAAUUCCACACUUUUAUCAAGCACUCCCCCAUCUAUAAAAACAUCUUUGCCGGAACCUUGCGAUUCAUGUAAAAAACAUACCGACACUUUAGAAAAGCGUGUAAGUGAUUUAGAAGAACGAAUUAAUGCUUUAACAGAGACAAUUCAUUUACAUGUAUAUAGUUUAUAA